CUGCGGAGAACAUGGCGUCCAGUCACCAGCCCCGCCGAGGUCGGGUGGCGCGGGGUGCGGGUUAUUAGCAGGCACUUGUGGUGGACACCUACAUCGGGACGGGAAGGACGCCGCAACCCGGAAGUGGCCGUGAUGGGGCCUCCCUGCCGGCUACAUCCGGGCACCGGCCACCGCGGGGUCUAACGACGGCCUGAGCCCCAGGCUGGUUCAUGGGGAGGGCUCAAACCGGCGAGGGCUCCUGAUUGGGUGAGGGGCAGAGGUCACGUGGCCCCAGGGCAGCGAGAGGAAGUGACGUGAUGGGCCCACAGGGCAAUAUGUGAUGUCAUCAAAUUAUUCCGUGACAUCACUGCAUUGUGUCACAUGACAUGGUUGUGAAGUGACGUGAUGUCAUCUCCCUGCAGAGUGAUGUCACGACUGUUGUCAUGGAGACAGCGCACAGCUGGUAAUGCGGCCGUGGGUGCCAUGGAGCCAAACCGGACGGCCAGCAACCAGACCAGGCCAGGAUCCGCCGAGACCAGGAGCCAUUUCAAGGUCACCCGGUUCAUCAUGGAGGCAGGGGUGAAGCUGGGCCUGCACUCCAUCCCUGUGGCCACGGCCUGCACUAUCUACCACAGUUUCUUCACGGCCACAGUGGCCCCGGGACCCUAUGACCCCUAUCUGGUGGCCAUGGCUGCACUGUACCUGGCCGGGAAGGUGGAGGAGCAGCACCUACGCACUCGGGACAUCAUCAACGUCAGCCACCGGUACUUACACCCCCAGAGCGACCCCCUGGAACUUGAUUCCCAUUUCUGGGAGCUGCGGGACAGCAUCGUCCAGUGUGAGCUGCUCAUGCUGCGGGUGCUCGGCUUCCGUGUCUCCUUCCGGCACCCCCACAAGUACCUGCUCCAUUACCUGCUCUCCCUGAGGCAGUGGAUGAACCGGCACAGCUGGGAGCGGAUCCCGGUCUCGGCGGCGGCCUGGGCACUGCUCCGGGACAGCUACCACGGGGGGCUGUGUGUGCGCUACCCCCCCCAGCACAUGGCGGUGGCCGUGCUGUACCUCGCCCUGCACUGCUAUGGGGUGGAGGUGCCCGUCCAUGCACAGGCCCAGAAACCCUGGUGGCAGGUGUUCAGUGAAGAUCUCAGCAAGGCUCAGAUUGACCAGAUCGUAUUGGACCUGAUCCAGAUUUACACCUUGGAUGGAGAAAUCUCCUAAAGGGUUCUGGAGAGCGACCCAGUGCUUGGGAGGGGACAGGUCCCAUUCUUGCCCCCCGAGCCAGCCAGUCUCUGCCCUGGGAGUGGAUGGGAGCCAGCUCCCCCAAGAGGGGAAAGGCCUCAUGUGCCAUUCCCACCCCCUGAGCCAGUCCAUCCCUGCCCUGAAGCCAGAUGGGAUUUGGCACCCCUUAGUGGGGAAAGACCCCAGGCUCCAUUCCCACCCCUCUGAGCCAGCCAGUCUCCGCCCUGGGGCCAGAUCCGUGCUGGCACCCUCUAGAGGGUAAAGACCUCAGGCCCCAUUCCCUGCCCCUUCCCCAGCUUUGAAAACAGGGUGUUGGUUGCAGUCCGGGUGUCCUGUCCCACAGCAGUUACCCUCACCUGUGCUCCUACUGUGGGCUGGCUGUGCCCCGAGAAGGCCAUCGGACCCUAGCACUGUGCCAGCUCAGAGCCGCCAGGCAGAGCGCUGCCACUGCUGGGACGCAAGCUCAACACCGCCACAUAACGUGCCUGAGGGCUGUUAGUGACGUGGGUCCUGACCGGCCACAGGGCUCCCCUUCUCCCCUGUCCACACCCGUCCCCGGAGCUUGGACUGCUCGAUCCGGCGAGUAAAGCUGUGCCUCUGAA